GGCCCAUGAAAUGUACAGCAUAACAAUUUCUGUUACUACAGUCUGUCACUUUUCAGCAAGUGUUACCAAUUUGAAGUUAAUAUGGAUUUCAUUCUAGCAAAAGGAUGUUUGUUAGGAAUUGCUUUUGCAAUAGGAAUGUCUGUGUUUUUAUCUUCCUUCUUCCUGCCAUUUGGGUCUUGUAUGUAGCUCAUCCCCUCUAGUUUCAUCUGUAAACUAUUUAAACAACAGAUUGUAUUAAAGCAGUUAAAGUUGAAGUGCUACAGUCUUCAGGAGAUCAAGUUGUAGCGUACUGGGAGGAGAGCAGAGGGAGAUUGAAUGCCAUCGGUGUCAGGCAUUGUCCUGUUUAACCUGUUGACAUUGUCUUCUUCACGUGUACUCAGUCUCUCAGUCUUUCAAAUUUGUCUCAGGGUAGAUUAAAGGUUUUUUUUUUUAUUAUUUUUUUAAAUUAUGUCUAGCCCUUUUUACACUUCUUAAUGUGAUAUAUCCAUGACCUCCCCUUUCAUGGGGGUCUAAAGUUUAGCCACUCAGUGCGAAAAGUAUUGUGCCAUUGAACUUAACCUGCUUCAGCUGUCACUACUUAGGCUCUGGGCAGCAAAUCCAUAGGCUUCUCCUCAGUUCCUGUGCCAUACAGAACAGCUUUCACACACAAACUGUUAUCUCAGCCCUUCCUUUUAUACACUUAGAUAUAAGCUCCCUAAGCCUCGUAUCUUAGGUUUGUUUUCUAUUCCCAGCUUGGCUUUGCUUUCACUUUGAACACUGACCAUCUUUUGAUGUAUGGCAGUUCUUGUAGUAGUCUUACUAAUGCUGUUUACUGAGUGAACUGCUACCAGAUUACUUAAUGCAGUGCUGUUUCCAAAUUGGUUUCUUCAAAAUCUUUUCUGCUGCAAUAUUGGUCUCAAGUCUUGUACUGAGAAUUACUUUUAACAACCUCCAUGUCCUUCAAAGCUACUGCAGUCCCUGGCAUCUUCACCAUUCUUUAGGUAUAAACCACUGUUCUGCCCUCAACUGAAUCUAUUAUCCUUUAAAAAGAAUUAGAAAAAUAGCUUCUAACAAAACAUGCUGACCAGGCAUGGUUAUUCAGGACACCAUAGGAUGUCAUAGGUUGAAAGGGACCUCCAAAGGUCUGUAGUCCAAUCUCCUGCUCCAAAGAACCACGGGUGAAGCAGCACCACAUCAGCUCAUGUUAUGAGUAUCUUCAAGGAUGGUGAUUUCACAACCUCCCUGGGCGACCUUUGCCAUGUUUGACCGUGAUUAAGAUAAAUAUUUCUCCUUUAGACUGAGUCAAAAUUUUUCAUGCACACUUGUGCAUACUGUUAACUUAGAGAUGUCUUACAAACUGAGCCUGGAUAUUUAUUUUUGUUUACACCCUCCUUUCAGGUAGCUGUUGACCACACAGAGACCUACUGCCUUUCCUUCUCCAGGUUGAACAACACUCAUGCCUGCCAACCCCUGACCAGCCUGGCAGCCCAUAGGAUCUGUGUGGGAGCACAAAGCUAAGCACUCUAGCAUGUGGUCCUGCAAGUGCUGAGGGGAAUGAAAGAACCACCUCUGCCAACCUCCUGGCUACGAUCGUGCUAGUGCCACCCAGGAAGCUGUUGGCUGGAAGGUGAAUUGCCAGCUCAGGGUCAGGUUGGCCACCAGGAACCACCACGUCUUUGCCUGUGAAGCUGCAUUCUAGUCACUGCCCCCAGCCUGUACUUUGUAGGACCUUGCCCUUGUGGUUUUUUUUGGAUUUAAUUCAGUUCCUUUCAGCACCCUGUCUCUCUGGCCUGUCAAUCUCCUCCAAAAGGCAGUUCCACCUUCCUGCAGAGUGACUGCUCCCCUCAAUUUGUUGAUCAACAACUAGCUUGAUGAGAGUGUUCCCUCCUUGUCUUCCAGGUUGUUAAUAAAGAAUGAAGUGGUACUGGCUCAGGGAUUGAUCCUGGAGUCACGCAGUCAUACUGCUGAGCACCACACUUGGCAGGAAAACCUGCCAGUUUUCCACCAACAUCAUUUUCCAUUUAUCCAAUCCACAUCUCAUCAAUUUGACUAUAAAGGUGAUAUGGGAGACUCUGUCAAAGGCUUUGGUAAAGUCAAAAUAUACAAUAACCAUUUGUUUCCCCUUGUCCACACAGCCAGUCAUCUCUAUGCUACAUAUAUCAGUGCUAUGAAAAUAACUAAAUGUAUUUCUAUGUCAAAAUUAAUUUGUCAUAAUCCAAAUGUUUACCUUCAACAACUGGUCUACUUUGCUUUUAAGCAACAGUAGCUGUUGAUUGUCUUCACGUAGCCUGAAGAUAAGUAUUUAACUAUAAAAUCAUUUUCAAACCAUAUUGUGCUGAUCAAGUUCCCUAACUUUUCUUAUGCUUACUAAAAAUGCUAAUCUCAAAAAUAACAUUACAAGCCCUAGAACAACAAAAAUACAUUUAUAGGUAUCCAUAUAUCUAAUUUUAGCCUCUUUAUUUAGGAUAAAGAAAUGGAGGAAAUUACUGCAGUAAUUGGUAAAAGUCUUAAUGAAGUACUAACCUACACGUACAUGACCUUGGUCCACAAGACACUUGUUCUCCCACUCCAACUCCCAAACCAUCUGGCAAAGCCCAUAUUUAGACUUGCUGUCCUCUGCCAACCCAGCCAACUGGUGUGGUCUGGGCUCAUCCUUACGUGCACUCUGUGACCUAGUUCCUGAGAUCUCACCUAGUUAGGUUAGGACACCUCGUAAUCCCUGAGUUGAGGCUGGGACCUGAAAGUAUCCUGGAGAGGAGGUCAAAGAAGCGUCUCCUGGGGCAGCCAGAGUACACUGUGGCUCAGUUCCAGCAUGCUCUCUACUCUCAGACUUUCUUGUGAUUCCAGGGCCCUUCCUGAGACAUCUGAAUAUAUCCUCCUGUUUGACAACUCUUCGCUAGGCUGGUUAAAUUCUUGAACCAGUUCUUACAAUAGUUCUUCAGAAAACCUGGUAACGAGUGGUUACCGGUUAGCUCCCUUGGUGUUAAGAUUUUACUGUUGCAGGCAGUGUACAGCAUUAUUAUGAAUGCUAACCUAAGUUCAAGUCAAUACUGAAAUUACUGGUUUGGUCUGGAAUGUUUUCAAUAUGUAUUUAGAAAAGGUAUUAUUCAGUAAAUCCUGAAGGCAGAAUAAGCAGCAACACUUAAAUGCAGUUACAGUACAGUAUUUGUCUAAAUUUUUGUUUCCUGAUUAGGUAUCUCAGAUAAUUUUAUAUUCAAUCCACAACUGAAGUGAUAAUUCACUGAUUAGAUAAUAGCAUAAAUUAUAACUAGAGACUGUCAAAUAUCACCUCCUGCCCUAAUACGUAUCAGAUAAAUGAAAUUAAAAUGACUUUUUACAGUCAGGCUUUUCAUUCUCUGGUCUACCCUCACACAGGAGAUCUUACUGGAUCACUAAGCCAGCCAGAAACUGUCUGCUUUUUUUCUGGCUCUUUGCCUCCUGGUUUUCUGUUGGGUUAGUUAGCAAAUGGAAUUGGCUCAUAGAGAUUGACACGUUCCUGAACUGGCAUAAGGCAAGCAGCAGGUGUAUGCAGCUAAAGGUGAGGAUCAGGACCAGGCCAUUUCAGGAUCAGCAAGGUGUCAUGUUGGCCCAUCCCAAUGUCACCUUAGGGCUAAAAUUCACAACAUUUCACAAAAGACGAGCCAACUUUUGGAUGCCAAGGCUGAUUUAUGCUACAACAAACUAAUGGUAAUACAUAACUUGUUUUAAACUUGGGAAGCGGCAUGUCUGCUACCCAACAAGCUCUAGCAUUAUCAUAUAUGGCUUGCUGACCAUGCAGCAGAAGUAAAUGAGAACCUACACUCUUUGUUCUUUCAUAGCAUGGCAGUAAGGCAAAAUUAUAGCCCAUCUUCCUAAGAAAGGGAAUUGCAAGUUUCUGUAGUAAGCACUUGGUCCCAUGAACUGGUGAGUUGAUCCCUUGCACCAACCAGUACUUUUCUGAGCAGCUGAUGAGCUAUUUCAGCUCACUAACCAGCCAGAACCACAUGGUUUGAUUUUUUUUUUUUCCAAGUUUCCCAGUUUUUAUGGGCUGUAUGGGCUUGUUGAAGCGUUAUUGAAUGUCAGAGCUGGCACUGAAACAGAUGGAGAAGGUGACAGGGAGAGCGGCAGAGGUGAUGCCACCCUUGCAGCAGUAGGCCAUUAGAUCAAUUCAGUCUACCUCAUGAAGCUUUGCCUUAAGAAAGACGAGGAAGCAUCUGAAAUCCCUUGCUUAAAAAUCAACAUCAAACAUUUUUAAGCUUGUAUACAGGCCAAUAUAGGACACAGAUUAAAAUACCAGCCAACAUAUAUUGGCUCGUUGGCUCUAUUGAACUGAUCGGUGUCAAUUAAGACCGAUUAUUCUAAGAUCUUCCAUCAUGUCACAGGUUAGGCACUUGCAAACUGCACACAGCACCGACUACCAUUACUAAGGAAGCUACAAGGGGUAGGCACUUCACAUGUGGCUCAGAGAAUUUAUGGAAUUAUUUUCCAUCCCAAAGAAGCGCUUAAAAAAAAAAAAUCAACACGUAUUUGCGUUUCGGCCCCGGCCCCUUCGCCCUCAGGCGGCCGCCAUGCAGGCGGCGGCCGUUACCCGGCGCAACGGCGGCGGCGCCAUGAGGGAGGGCGGCGAGCCCGAGGGGCUGGCGCUGGAGCUGGAGCGGGAGCGGGGCAAGCAGUGAGCGCCCGGCGCGGGGCGGCGGGCACGAAAUGGCGGCCGCGGGCUCCACACGGGUGGAGCCCCGCACGGGGGCAAAUGCUUGAAAACUCAAUAUUUGAAUUGAGAAACACAGUAAAAGAACUGGAAAAGAGACUUAGCAGUGUUGAAGAUGAAGGUAAUGAAUGGAAAACCAGAUACGAGAUGCAAGUAGAAUUGAAUAGACAGCUGGAAAGGCAAAUUAGUAUUCUAAAAGGCAAAAUGGAGCUUAUUCGUGGAAACCCAACAGAUAAAUUGUCCAUUAUUCGCAUCUUUGAUCAAAUGCCUGUGGGUUCCUUGAAGGAGGUUCUUAAACAACUAGAAGAAGAGAAGAAAAGUCUCCAGAAUCAGCUAAAAGAUUAUGAACUUAGACUGGAACAAGAGGCAAAGGCUUACCACAAAGCUAAUGAUGAGCGGCGCAUGUACCUCUCAGAGAUCUUACAGGCUUCAUCUACACUUACAGUUGUUGAAAGGCAAAAAGCAGAUGCUCUGAGAGUCAAGGGAGAAAGCCAGAUAUUGAGGGAGAGAUGCGGCAUUCUACAAAACCCGAAGAUGGUAAAUCCUCAAAAAGGACAGAUAAAAAAGACUGUAGGAGUGAAGCAGCUUCCAAAACUAAAGCACUGAUUUAUAUACAUGCAAAGAAUUCCAAUCACGUUUCUUCUUCUUCUUCUUUUUUUUUUUUUAACUGAAAAUUUCUAAAUUCAAAAUGAAUGUAUUUGUGCUGUAUUAUACUGAGCCCAGACCCAGUGCAUCUUCUUGGCAGCCCUAGUGUAAGUGUUCAUCUUUGCCUGAUGAAAUUGUUCUUCUAGUUGCCAUCUUUGUUCUGGUGAGCUCUGACCUUUUCCAUUCUGGUUCUCAUCAGUGAUUCUGGGCAUCAGGGAAGUGGGAGCCUUGGAGGACAUUUCAUUUGUUUAUAGCCAAUGUAGAUCCUUGAACUCUGACUGCACAAUAACUUGAAAAUAAAUAAGCCUUUAACAUUUUUGACCUCUCAACGAAGAAGAAAAAAAAAGCACUGAUUUAAUCUGAAAUGUAAUCUCUCUGCCCAAAUAGUGAAUCUCAGAGAAAAUUCCAUCCAAGGGCAUCCCCCCUUGGUGUAGCAUCAAAGAGAGCCUCUCAAGUAGCUUGGUGCUGGUACAGCUGGACACGUUUUUCAUGUGGCUUUUAAAAAGACCAACACAUAGUUUAUUAUCCAGUCUGAUUUCUUACAUGACACCAUACAGUAGAGCUCUUUUACAAUAUCAAAUUGUUUUGUUUUGUUUUGUUUUUUCCCAUGAACUUUACUGCUCCAACAGAGAGAUGAAACACCUCCAAAUUUAACUUUUUAAAAAGCUGGCAUGCCACAGAUCCAAUGUUGACCACUACCUUUCCUUUGCAUGGUUUAGAAGCAUGCCUCCAUGUCCAUCUGCUUUAGGCACUACUUAUGGGGAGAAAUGAAAGACAAAUGAGCAUUUUUAAGGAUUCUUUAGAGCCUGUCUUGUGGAGGGCUGUUCCUUUUAAACACUACAUACACUUUAUGUUUCCUGAUAUGCUAUGUUGCUAAUUGGGAAUUUGAAUUCUCAAAUUAAUUUUUGUAUCCACAGCCUGGGUUCCAUAAAAAUCUCUAUGUAUUCUUCAGUGGCACUGAUUUGUGUAUUUUUAGGGUCCAUAAUAGUGCUGGUCUUUAAAGUUGGUCUCUUCAAUGAACAGUAGGACUACAUUGAACUUUAAUUUUCAAGCAUGCAAUUAUUGUUGCAGUUUCAUUACCUACAACAUUUUAGUCAUUAAACUUUGACGGAAUUUUUUUAAGUGGCAACAGAAAAAAAUGUUUUGAUAAUGAAGCUCCAAGCCUCUAGGUUACAUCUUAAAAGCUCUUGGCAGAGCAAAUGUGAUUGAUUGACUGCCCUUUAUUAUUUUAAGAGCAUCCCUAGCACUUUGCAAUACCUACUAAGGCUUUUUGCCUCUUUAAGAGGAGUACAAAUAGUUCCUUAUUACUGGCAGCAUUAAAGUGAGGCUGUAAUUAAACUCUUACAAAAAGAUCAAUGAUGUCAUCCUAAAACGCAGGGAGAGAAGACCUGCAGUAUUGUGCAGCAUAUUCAGUAUGCAAACCUCAUUUGUUCUCUUACACAGGGUGGGAUGUAUUACAGAUAUUUCUAAUGUUACUACGAUGCACCUGGUAUCAUUCUUUCUUUAGCAGGCUGGUCGGCAUAGCACAGCUGAUUAGGGUGUCUCUCUUCCGUUCCUGUUUUUUACAUGGAAAGUUUCCAAAUUCUGAUUGUGCUGGCAUUUGUCCUUGCGGAGAAGGAGAUGGAAAAAAAUCACCAUAAUAGUUCUGUUGGCACAAAAGACAAGGGACAUCUGCAGUAGUGAAGAAUAUCCAGUUCUUGGAUUCAUGCAGCAAACAUUUAUCACUGCUCUCUCUGAAGCAAACGUUAGUCAAUGCAUUCAACUUCAGGCCAUGUAACACCUCAAAAGGACUGAAAACUUUGUGCAAGCACGGAAGAGCAGCAUCUAUUCAAAGCAGGAGACUUGAUCAAUUCCCUAAUGGGUAGUCCUUACUAAGGUAACAGUUUUGAAGCUUAAAAGGAGACUUUUAUUGGUACAGUUGGUGCAGUAAUGACCUGAGAAGAGGAGCAGACUAUGUCCCUCUUAGUCCCUGUUUCAGCUUGCCAGGAACAAGCUCAGGAUUUGAAACUCAGCAGUAUGAUAAUUAAGCACUGAAACAUGUGUUUCACCAUACUAAUUACGUGUCCAGCUGUAGCAUUUGCUUUGCAAAGCGGUUGUAGCUCUCUACUGAUGCGGUUUAAAUUGGCAUUUCAUUCUCCUCAUGUCUUUCUGAAAAUAAGGGCAUGCUGAUGACUAAGUUUGUUGAGUCGAGUUUCUUUGCAGCAGCUAAAAGGUAGUUCUUGGUUUCAAAAGAAAACUGUGGGUUCAGAAGAACUACGGUUUCAAGGGAAAUCCAAGAACUGUGGUGAAAACCAAGAACUUCUUCGGUGUUACAUCUUUGGACCUCAAUAACACUUUUAUUUACACUGUUAGUUUUUGUUGGUUGGUUGGUUGGUUUUUCAUUUGAGUUGGGUCAGGUUUUUUUGGGGUGGACAGGUGUUUGAAAUUCCUGGAUUUGUUUUGUGUAGACUUUUCUCACUGGUACACUCUACUUUGAAAUGAUUCGUGCUUACAUUUGCAGCAAUGAACACUUGCAUGUCUUUACACAUCUUCUAUAUGAAAGGUUUCAGUGCAUUUAAGAGUCAUUAAUCCUUCAAUGCACAGUGUGUACUAUUAUUCUCAUUCUAGGCCCAGAAGACUGAAUCACAGAGCUAGGUUUAUUUAAACUAGAGAUGGGAGCAUAGUGAAGUCUGUUUUUUUUCUCUGUUUUCAUGACAGGGUGACCUUUUGCAGUUUUGUUAAGCCAUUGUAAGGUAAAUUUUAUCUCCUACGAUUUUUCUGUGUGGCUUAUUCUAAACAGUGGGUGAAGACAAAAAUAGGAAAUUGAAUUGCUGAUGGUUGUGGUCAGUGAGUGAAUGGAACGAAAUGCCAGAGGAAGGCAGGAUUAGAGCUGAAGGUUUGAAUCUGGCCAAACUUCUUCCUGCGGUACAGAAUAUAGUUGGGAUUUCAGAUGGAUUGGUUGUAGUGUAAGUGUCCAUAAUCAGUGGACCGGGAAAUUUGAUCUCGUAACUCUUGGGACUUGAGAACACACUUCCUUUACGUGGUUACUCACGUAACUCCACCAGUUUCAGACAAGUCAUGACAUUGAGGUAACUAUGGCAUUUAAAGUACUUAGCCCUAUUGUUGCUGGAAAAUAUGAAUUAAAAAAAUAAAAUUCUGCUAAGCAAACAUGAUAUCCCAAACAUGAUUUCACUACUGUUUUUUAAAUUCUUGUGAUGUAGAGGUAUUGAUUCACGAUUUUUCUUUUUAAUAAAUCAGUAUAGCAGCACUGAAUUCCUCUAUGGCAGAAUAAAAAUAAAAUGUUUACUGGAUA